AUGGGGAUAAAAUCGGAAGUACUAAACAAAGAUGUGGGAAUCGGGGGCGUCAUAUCUUUGCUAUGGUUCCAGCGUUGUUUACCACCAUACGUUUGUAAAUUCUUUGAAAUGUGUUUAAUGGUGACCGCUGAUCAUGGACCAGCCGUGUCGGGAGCACAUAACACAAUUGUUAGCGGUCUAUUGACUAUUGGUGAUCGUUUUGGUGGUGCCUUGGAUGGGGCAGCACGUCAAUUUUCAGAAGCUUACGACACCAGUUUGCAUCCAAUGGACUUUGUUAAUCAAAUGCGUAAGAAGGGUCAAUUAAUUAUGGGCAUUGGUCAUCGCGUGAAAUCCAUCAACAAUCCAGACGUACGCGUCAAAAUUAUUAAAGAAUUCGCUCUCGAAGUGGAAAAGAUCACCACCAGUAAAAAGCCAAACUUAAUACUGAAUGUAGAUGGUGUUAUAGCGACCUCCUUCGUCGAUAUGCUUCGAAAUUGUGGUUCAUUUACUAGCGAAGAGGCUCAGGAAUACAUUAACGUUGGCGCGAUUAACUCACUCUUUGUAUUGGGACGCAGCAUAGGUUUUAUCGGUCAUUACAUGGAUCAGAAACGUUUGAAACAGGGACUCUAUCGUCAUCCUUGGGAUGAUAUUUCCUAUGUUAUGCCGGAGCAAUUUAACUAACUUCCAUCAUUUCAUAUGAUACACUGGGCUUAUAUUAAAUUUUAUGUUACUAAUUCACUUUAUCUCAUUUGUGUCACAAUUAUGAAACGCUUCGUAUUUAAAACGACUUUAAUGAUCAUACCUCCGAAAAGUGGUUUUAAAUAUUAAUUUUCAAGUGGACUUAUUUAUAUUAACUGAGUUACAAAUGCAUUUAAGUUUUGUACAUUUCAUCUUCAUCCUUUAGUUUCUUGCUGUAUGAUUUUUUCUCUUCUGUUUAGUUUUUCUUCUUUUUUU